GAAGCAAUCGGAGGCCUUUCCUUAUAGAGAGAGAGAGAGAGAGAGAGAGAGAGGUCUACACAGAAAAAAAAUGUGGUCCCACUCUGAAAACACCGUUUCCAAGCAGGCGGUCUCAAUCUCAUACUUUGCUUCCAAACUCGACUCUUCGCUGAGGUGAUACAAACACAUUAACAAUCGAUACUUAAUUCCGACACAGCAUGUUCGUGUUAGCUGCCACUAUGGGAUUCAUAUCUUUGUACUCGGACUGAAGUUGUGUAAAUCUGCGGUAAAAUGGAGAGAGGAGCUGAAACCCUGGGAAUCUCGCCCUCUUACUGCCUCCGUCGGCUGUAAGAAAUCCCCUUUCGAGAUUUCAGCUAAUUUUACCAUUGUCAGAAGUUCGGACAGUCGUGAGGUGAAGGUGUCCUCUUGUGGCAUUUACCGGUGUGACGCUGCACCGUACACAGUUUGGAUGUUGUCUUGGAGAUGAGAAUGUGCUGCUAGCAACAGGAAGGAAGCAUUUUGACAUGAUGGGGUGCAGGACGAGCAAAGUCCUACCAGAACCACCCGCCGAUGUCCAACUAGACCUGGUCAAAAAGGUAGAGCCUCAUCAGACUGAUGUCUACAAAAACUUUAUUAAAUCUGAAGGCGGCACUGAGAAAACAAACUCGCCGUCCCCUCAGGGUCAAUGCCAGGCUUCUGCGAAGGUGGGUCAAUCCCCUCUCCCGGCUAACGGCCAGCCGGAACCCGCUGACCCACACCGGAAAAAAGUGGCCAAAUACAGGGCCAAGUUUGACCCUAGAGUGACUGCUAAGUAUGACAUCAAAGCUCUGAUAGGUCGGGGCAGCUUCAGUCGGGUGGUAAGAGUCGAACACAGGAGCACGCGGCAGCCGUACGCCAUCAAGAUGAUCGAGACCCGUUACCGUGAGGGCAGGGAAGUGUGCGAAUCCGAGCUCUGCGUUUUGAGACGCGUGCGUCACACCAACAUCAUCCAGCUGAUGGAGGUCUUUGAGACUGCAGAGCGGGUCUACAUGGUGAUGGAGCUGGCCACCGGCGGUGAACUCUUUGACCGCAUCAUCGCUCGUGGGUCCUUCACGGAAAGGGACGCCACACGCGUGCUGCAGAUGGUUCUUGAUGGGGUAAAGUACCUUCAUAUGCUGGGCAUCACACAUAGGGACCUGAAGCCCGAGAACUUGCUUUACUAUCAUCCUGGUGCCGAUUCCAAGAUUAUGAUCACAGACUUUGGCUUGGCCAGCACAAGGAAGAAAGGUGAUGAAUGUCUGAUGAAGACUACCUGUGGAACACCCGAGUACAUCGCUCCUGAGAUUCUCGUCCGGAAGCCAUAUACUAAUGCAGUAGACAUGUGGGCACUGGGGGUCAUCUCCUAUAUACUGCUUAGUGGCACCAUGCCUUUUGAGGAUGACAAUCGCAUGCGCAUGUAUCGACAGAUCCUCAAAGGGAAGUACAGCUUCUCGGGGGAGCCAUGGCCAAGCGUCUCCAACCUCGCUAAGGACUUUAUCGACCGUGUCCUCACAGUGGAUCCUAAUGACCGGCUGACUGCUGGCCAGGCACUUAAACACCCUUGGAUUGUCAGCAUGGCUGCUUCCUCCUCAAUGAAGAACCUGCAGCGAUCCAUUUCCCAGAACCUCCGGAAGAGAGACUCAUCACGCUGUCCCAGCACCAAAUCAGCCCAAUCCACUCGCUCCAGCCGCUCCACAAAAUCAAGCAAGGCGCGGCGCGUACGCGAGAAAGAGCUGAGGGAACUCAACCGAAGAUACCAGCAGCAGUGUAAUGGCUGACUCUAUGUGUCUGACUCGUGCAGACUAAAACGCUGGAGAACGUUGAAGAGAGUAGAACAGUCAAUUCAACUUCCUCCUCCAUCACAGAGCCAAUUAGAAGAGAAUCUCCUUGGAAAUUUUCACUCGUUUUCUCUUUUUCUGCUGUUUCGCUUUUGUCUGUUACCUUUUUUGUGAAUGUUUUAUUUAUUUAUUGUAGGUGUUUUAUUGUCCUGUCUCAUUCAUCUUUUUAUCUGAUUGUAUCUGUUGAACAGAAUUUUUACGUUGCUGGAAGGACUGAGAAUACAUGUUUGCUGUUCGAGACCUUCCUGAUUUUUGCUGUGAAUUAUUUGUUAUGGUACCCAUGAAGUUGAUUGCUCUUCUGAGAGGUGACAUGUGCUGUUUAUUCAUUAUUGACAACAAAUCAAAUGGCCUAGGAAAAAUAAUCAUACAAAUCACAUUUGAUAUCAAUGGGCUACAUCUGUUCUAUUCAGUCUACCAAGCCUUUAUUUUUUAAAGAUUUUUCUGCAGCCCUGGUUGUAGACCCUAAUGUUAAUAAUAUCAGUUGUUAAAAUCUGCCCAAAACUAUACCGACAUUUUAUAAGUAAAAUAGUCUGAAGCUUUUGGACUCUUUAGAUUUGGUGAGUGAACAAACUAGAUAUUUAUAAAGUUUUAACUUAAAAGUCACCUUUUUUAGAGGAUUCAUCACUGUUAGAUCUGUCUCAACAUGGAUUCUGGUCAUUAAUCAUAUUAAUUGAUUCUCUGACAGUGGAUGGCUUUAAACUCUUUCAUGGUAGCUUACAUUUAACCCAACUAUUGGUCUUUAAGCCACUGAACAAUCAUCAAAGACUGUUAUAGCUUACCCCCCUUUGUCAGAAAGAGCAAAGAUGUGCCAAAGAAACUCCGGUGUGCCUGAAUGAGGAGCAUUUGGAAAGACAUGGUUUCUCGUGAAAAUAAUAAAACUGUGAUAAUAUUAGGAAUUCUCAAAAUGUAUGUUUUAAAUAAAUACAUUCUAUGUGACAUUUUAUGAAACUAUAUAUAACAAAUGAAGGGAAAAAGCAAUAUGUACUUGAGUUGUGUCUCAUUUCACGGCAAGCGCCAUUAAUUUGGUUUAAAAGUGAUGAAAACAUCUUUAUAAAAUAGCAACAUUUUGGAGGCUUUGUUUUAAUUACAGUUUGACAAAAGAAAUACACCAAACUUUUUUUUAUUCACAUUAUCUCAUGUUUAUGCUUGUUUAACUCUCUCAAACUUUAGAUAAAAUAUAUUUUCCUCUUUUUGGUUAUGUUUAUUAGAAAAUUUCAACCGUUUGUAAAAUUGUUUUUUUUUUUGCGCAAAUUUAAAAAUGAUUAUAAAUUGAAAAACACUUAGCAUGUCUGUUUGAGAGGUCAUGUAUAAGUUACAUCACACAGUAUAUUUUCAGUAAUAUCCACUAAAAUGCCUUUAAUGAAUCUUGAUGUCAAAAGGAGUAAUUAUAUAUUUUGGGAAGACCACUGUUUGUAUAUCUCUAUACCCCAAAUCUUUUUUUCAAGAUAAUAAUUAUUUUAUGAAUGUUGUUCAAAUCUGAUUUUCUAGUAAGUUUAAGACUGGUAAUGAAAAUGGUCUUCAAAGUGCCAAAAAUAUAUAUGAUUUAGUGUUUCACCAACAUGCAAGUAUUUGCAGAAGUUUAAUCCAACGGCGAUAUCUUUUGAAAGAAAUGCUUUAUUUCUGAUGUUUUUUAAAUGAAGAUUUGUGGUAGAACAUGUACAUUAACUUUUU